AUGCCGUGGCGACUGCCAGGCUCGAUCCGAUCUCUGCUGCUCACCUCGCGGCGCCAUUACGUCCCUCCGAGCUGCUCCGCCUCAUUGCCUUCACCGCUGCGCAUUCUCUUAUGUGGAUCAGAUGACUUCAGUAUCGCAUCCUUGCGUGCUGUCGUGGACGCGAAGCGUCGGGUUCCCCAGCUUAUAGAUAGCGUACAGGUGCUCCAUCGCGCAGCCAAGCCCACUGGAAGAGGACUGAAGACGUUGAGAGAAGUACCUAUCAAACAGGUAGCUGUCGAAGAGCUCAGCCUAUCCACCCAUGCACUUGAUACAUUCACGGGUUGGACACCACCCGCCCCCGUAGACCUCAUCAUCGCCGUAUCCUUUGGCCUUUUCGUGCCUCCUCGCAUCCUCGCCCUUUCUCGCUAUGGCGGCAUAAAUGUCCACCCAUCACUGCUCCCUGACUUGCGCGGGCCAGCUCCAAUCGAGCAUACCAUCCUAAAGCAGAGAAAAUAUACGGGUGUCUCCAUCCAAACGCUCCACCCACAGCACUUCGAUCAGGGUACUAUUCUCGCCCAAACACCAGCCCCAGGCAUUCCAGUUCCCCCAGGCAUCACAUCACAGAAGCUGGAGAAACAACUGGCGGACGUGGGAGCACAAAUGCUUGUAGACGUGCUCGAAUCGCGAAAAUUCAUACCACCGAUCACGGAUGCCGGAUGGUUCGCUCAAUCUGGCUGCCCUACCGACCACGCGCCAAAAAUCACAAAGGCUGACCGGUUCGUCGAUUUUGAGACAGACACCAUGGCAGCCGUUCUUGCCAAACACCAGGCGCUCGGCGAUCCAUGGUGCGUGCUGCCCAACGGCCAUCGCCUGAUACUGCACGACGUCAUUGACACGGCAACGGCCGAUCGUUCCGACCGCAAACCCGGCCUGUUUAUAGAGCCGAAUACAAAACAACCUAUGAUCCAGCUUGCCUGCGGAAAAAUAGCCACCCUAGUAAAGAGCACAUAUGAAGGGAGCAAGCAUGGCCAUGGCAAUGCAAAGCUGGUUCGCAUACUAGCUGACGGAUGA